AUGGAAGAGGGCAGCAAAGAGAACCCUGCCUGUGAUCGAGAGAACUGUGAUGAGAUCGUGACUAAAGAACAGGAUGCACCCACUGACAUCGUUUGUGAUGAAAUAUGCGACGAAGAAGACGGUGGCGCAGGGCAUGCUGGACAUUGCUCUGCUGACAUCCAACGCGUCGCAGCUGAAGUGGCGAUGGGGUUCGUGCUGCUCUCCCUGAACUUGUGGCGAGAUUGCUGGUUCCACAGGCCGCGGCACCGGACCUCCGCCCUGAACAUCAAUUAUGGGACCACCGCCACAGCCUUUAUUGUCACUGUACUAAACGUCCUCGUGUCUGCCUUCGACUCCUCACUUGCUAGAUACCAAGACUUAGAUUAUAACGUAGGCUGAUACACGUACAAGAAUUUAUGGUAGUUUUUAAUUUUAUUGUAGUUAACAGUUUUUACAGCGAUCUUUCUAUUAAUUAGUGACGUACUAAAUGGGG